AUGUGCGCGCUGCUCACGCGCUGCCUCUGGAUGCUGGCGUGCGCGUCCAUGUGGAUGCAGACCACCAUCACCCACAUCCACCCGGGCAUCUGCCCCAACGACAUGAACCCAAACCUGUGGGUUGACGCCAUGAGCACGUGCACGCGCGAGUGCCUGUCGGACCAGGAGUGUGCGCUGUCAGAGAAGUGCUGUCAGAACGUGUGUGGAAACCGCAGCUGUGUGGCAGCGCGGCACCUGGAACUGAAGAGCACCGUGAGCCCACCCUCAGAGGCCAGCUGUGCCAGCUUCAGCUGCUCUCAGCAGGGCUCUGUGUGCGACAUGUGGGACGGGCAGCCCGUGUGUAAGUGCAGGGAGCGCUGUGAGAGGGAGCCGCUGUUCACCUGCGCCUCUGACGGGAUGACCUACUACAACCGCUGCUACAUGGACGCAGAGGCCUGCUCCAAGGGCAUCAGUCUCACUGUGGUCACCUGCCGCUUUCACCACAGCUGGCCCCACACCAGCCCCUCUGUGCCCCAUUCCACAACAGGCCGCCCCACCACCACCCCUCUCCACACCACCACCCCUGCCCCCACCCAGCCCCAGCCCCCCGCCCUGCUCAGCAGCCCCCUACAACAGAGCGUCAGUGUGGGGGACACUGCCAGCUUCCUGUGCGAUGUGGGGGGCCGUCCCCGGCCCGACAUCGUGUGGGAAAAGCAGCAGCCGGAGGGGGCUGAGCGGGUGCUCAUGAAGCCCAACCAUGUGCGGGGCAACAUGGUGGUCACUAACAUCGGACAGUUGGUCAUCUACAACGCUCAGCCCCAGGACUCAGGCCUGUACACAUGCACUGCCCACAACCCCUCUGGCUCCGUGCAGGCCCACCACCCCCUCACCGUACGGCCUCUGCAGCCCCUACACAGCCCACAGACCAACCUGAGCCUCUGCCUGCCCCAGGAGUGUGUCCACGCCCCUGACAGCUCUGAGCACUGCCCCCCUGAGCUGGAGAGGCUCAGCUGGUUCUAUGAGCAAAAAGCCAACAACUGCUUCUCUUUGAACCACUGCCCGAGCAGCGAGCCGUCUCCCUCCAGGCUCUUUGACACGUAUGAGGCGUGUAUGCGCUGCUGUGGCCCCGAGCUGUCAGAUCCCUGCGGCCUGCCCAGUCUGCAGGGCCCCUGUAAGGCCUAUGAGCCGCGCUGGGCCUACAGCAGCACUCUGCUCCAGUGCCAGUCCUUCAUCUACGGAGGAUGUGAGGGAAAUGGCAACAACUUUGAGUCAAAGGAAGCAUGUGAAGAGAUGUGCCCCUUUCCCAAAAACCACCACUGUAAGGUGUGCAAGCCCCGCGGCAAGAUGGUGACCAGCUUUUGCAGGAGUGACUUUGUGAUCCUGGGCCGCAUGAGCGAGCUGGCCGAGGAGAAGGACUCAGGACAUGCUUUGGUCACUGUAGAGGAAAUCCUGAAGGACGACAAGAUGGGUCUGCGCUUCUUUGGAACAGAGCCUCUGGAAGUGACCUUCCUAAACAUGGACUGGACCUGCCCCUGCCCCAACAUCACUGGGGCAGCUGCAGAGGGACAGGUCAUCAUCAUGGGCAACGUGAAUGACGGCAUGGCUGUCCUGCAGCCAGAGAGCUUUGUGGGCGCCUCCAGCCCUCGCAGAGUCCGCAAACUCAAAGAGGUCAUUUCUAAAAACACUUGUGACAUUCUCAGAGCCAUCACCAACAGUCCCCAAUAG